GCAGAGCUACCGGGGGCGGUGCCAGGAGGAAGAGGCGGAGCUGGGCCGAAAGGGGAGGAAGGCCGCUCUGGCCCACACUUUCGGAAUUACAGAAGCCACGGGGAAACUUUCGAUUCGGUUGCGCAUGCGUCCUGAUGCAGGAGGACGGAGGAUGGCGGCGGAUGCAGGAAGGAAGCGCCGGCCGAGAGGAGGAGGAGGAGAGCAGGCCCCGCGAAGCAGCCCUGCCCUGUCCCAGCGCAGCUUCCCUGGGACAUGGUGGGGAAAGGCCGGGGAACACCGGGGCUGCAGGAGGGAUGAGUCCAGGGGGAGCCCAGGAAAUGCGGCUGCCUGGAAGGCGAUGCAUUGAGGAAGAAACGGGCGGAGACCCCGAGACGGACCUGGAGGGCGGAGGCUCCUUUGGAAGACCCCGAAAGCCCCCAAGGAUCCAGGAGGAAGCAAAGGAACAUCAAUGCCCAGAAUGCAAAAAAUCCUUCAAAAGAAAGGACUUGCUUCAAGGCCAUCUAAAAAUCCACACAGGAGGAAAACCUCACAAGUGCCUGGAGUGUGGAAACAACUUCAGUCGGAGGAGCAGCCUUUAUAGACAUCAAAGACUCUAUUUGAAGAAAUGCCUGGAGGGCGAAGGCUCCUUUGGAAGACCCCGAAAGCCCCAAAAUAUCCAGCAGGAAGCAAAGGAAUAUCAGUGCCCGGAAUGUUGGAAAACCUUCAAAAAUAAUGAAAAUCUGGAAAACCAUCUAAGGAUCCACUCAAGAAAGAAUCCAUUUGAAUGCCUGGAGUGUGGAAAGAGCUUCAACUGUAGGAGCAACUUUAAUAGACAUCAAAGGAUCCACUCAGGAGAAAAACCUUAUAAAUGCUUGGAGUGUGGAAAGAUGUUCAAUGACUUGGGAAACCUUUAUCGACAUCAAAGGAUCCACUGGAGAGAGAAGCCAGAUAAGGGUGGAGAGUCCUUCGGAAGACCUGGGAGUCCCCAAAGAAUCCUGGAGGGAGGAAAGAAAUGUCAGUGCCCGGAAUGUGGAAAAACCUUCAAAAGAAGCUACCUUUUUAAAGUCCAUCUAAUAAUCCACACAGGAGAAAAACCUUAUAAAUGCUUUGAGUGUGGAAGGAGCUUCUCUCACAAGAGCAGCCAUGAUCGACAUCAAAGAAUCCACACAGGAGAAAAACCUUAUAAAUGCUUUGAGUGUGGAAAGAGCUUUAGUCAGACGAGCAGCCUUUAUGCACACCAAACGAUCCACUCAGGAGAAAAACGUUAUAAAUGCCUGAAGUGUGGAAAGAACUUUGGCCAUAUCAGCAACCUUUAUAAACAUCAAAUGAUCCACUGGCGAGAGAAUCUGAAUAAAUGCCUGAAGGGCGGAGCGUCCUUCGGAAGACCCUGGAAUCCCCAAGGGAUCCAGGAGGAAGGAAAGACAUACCAGUGCCCGGAAUGUCAAAAAUCCUUCAAAAAAAAUCACCAUCUUCAAAGCCACCUAAUUAUCCACACAGGAGAAAAACCUCAUAAGUGCCUGGAGUGUGGAAAGAGCUUCAGUCUGAGGAGCAACCUUUAUAAACAUCAAAGAAUCCACUCCGGAGAGAAGCCAUAUGAAUGCCUGGAGUGUGGAAAGAGCUUCAGUCAGUUGGGAAACCUUUAUACCCAUCAAAGAAUCCACUGGGAGAGAAGCCAUAUGAAUGCCUGGAGUGUGGAAAGAGCUACAGACAGUUGGGAAACCUUUAUAACCAUCAAAGAAUCCACUCCGGAGAGAAGCCAUAUGAAUGCUUGGAGUGUGGAAAGGAGCUUCAGUCAGUUGGGAAACCUUUAUACCCAUCAAAGAAUCCACUUGGGAGAGAAGCCAUACGAAUGCCUUGAGUGUUGAAAGAGAUUCAGUCUGAGGAGCAACCUUUAUAAGUAUCAAAGAAUCCACACAGGAGAAAAAUCAUAUAAAUACCUGGUGUGGAAAGAGCUCUAGUGAUAGAGGCAUCCUCUAUAAACAUCAAAGGAUCCAUUUACAAAAACAGUACAAAUGCGGGGAAUGUGAAAAAUCCUUCAAAAAUAAUGAUCAUCUUCAAAGACAUCUAAGCAUCCACACUGGAGAAAAACCACAUAAAUGCCUGGAGUGUGGGAGGAGCUUCAAUCUGAGGGGAAACCUUUAUAAAUAUCAAAGGAUCCAUUGCAGAGAGAAGCCAUAUGAAUGCCUGGAGGGUGGGUGGAGGGUCCUUCGGAAGACCAGGGAGUCCCCAAGGGAUCCAGGAGGUAGAAAGGAAAUAUCAAUGCCCAGAAUGUGAAAAAUCCUUCACAGCAAAUGACCAUCUCCAAAGCCACCUAAGAAUCCACACAGGAGAGGAACCCUACAAAUGCUUUGAGUGUGGAAAGAGCUCUACUGAGCGUGGAGGCAUCCAUCGGCACCAAAUAAUUCACAUGGGAGAAAAAUGAUAAACAUGCCUGAGUGUGAGAAGAUCUUCAAUCACAAUGUGUAUCUCAGGCAUUGAGUUGAAUGGCGUAUUCAAUUUGGUCAAGUGUGAAUAAACACACUAGGAAUUUGUCCCGAGUGCACAAGCUCUUAGGGUUAAUAACAUUAAUAAACGACUUUUUCAAUUGUACAUACAAGAUGUUUCAACUGGCUGAAAUUAUACCUUUUCACAACAGAAUUACAGGACUCAUGAUGCCAUUUCCCAUGUGAACGUUCUGUUUUUAAUGUAAUGGUCAUUUCAAUGCUUGUGCUUAAUAUGGGACGUUCCUUUCCAUGUGUCUGAUGUAACUGUAAUUGAGCAGGAUGAUUUCUUCCAUGCAAUAAAAAAAAAUCUGAUUUAAAUAAAAAAAAUAUGUUAAAUUAAAAAAA